UGGGACCUUCUGCGCUUCUGCUUGAGCUUCUACUUGCAGUCAAUGCAGAGUUUCUUUCCUCUGUGCCAAGAAUUAUCAAUUUAAAGAUGAUAGUUUGCACAGAUCGUACGUGAACAACUCGAGGAUCACACCAUUAGCGAGUUUUCUCACCCAGAAAGCAGUGAGCUGACCCUCCCUCUCCCCGUCACAUGACCCCAUCGCCAUGCCGCUGGUGACGCGUAACAUCGAGCCGCGGCACCUGUGCCGCCAAACCCUACCCAACAACAUCAAGAGUGAGCUGGAAUGCGUGACCAACGUCACACUGGCCAACAUAAUCCGGCAGCUGGGCAGCUUGAGUAGAUAUGCCGAGGACGUCUUCGGGGAGCUCUUCGUCCAGGCGAGCAAGUUCGCCCUGCGAGUUAACAGCCUGGGGGAGCGCGUCGAUCGGCUGCAGGUCAAGGUGACACAGCUGGACCCCAAAGAGGAGGAAGUUUCCCUGCAGGCCAUCACCACCCGCAAGGCCUUCCGCAGUAAUCUGACCCAGGAUCAGCAGCUCUUCAUUCGGCCCUCCCUCCCUGUUCCGGUUCAGGAGACCUACAUCAGCUGUGACAAGCCGCCCCCCCUCGAUAAGCUCUCCAUGUACAGGGAUGACGGCAAGGAGGCCCUCAAGUUCUACACUGAUCCCUCCUACUUCUUUGACCUCUGGAAAGAGAAGAUGCUGCAGGACACCAAGGACAUCAUGAAGGAGAAGAGAAAGCAUCGGAAGGAGAAGCGGGAUAACCCCAAUCGCGGCAACCUGAACCCACGGAAGGUCAAGACUCGCAAGGAUGAGUGGGAGAGGCUGAAAAUGGGCAAGGAGUUUGUGGUGCCCAAGACCGAAGGCGAGAUGGAAAUGAACUCCAACGAGAUGCUGAACGGGAGCAUCUGUUCGGGGGAGGGGCUAGGCACCUAUGGCUCAGACGGCUACCUGGAGCAGAGCUCCUACGACAUGGAGUCCCCCCUGCAGCCUCCGCCGCCUGAUGACUUCCUACCCCCGCCGCCUCCAGACAUGACGAGUAACGAGGCUGAGAGGGACCCCUCUCACACACACAUGAUGAGCCCUGCCCACGCUCCGCCGCCUCCACCCAUGAGCCCCCACCAGAGCCUGGCUCCUCCUCCUGUCCCUCCACCCCCUCCACCUUUUGAGAUGGCCCCUCCCCCUCCUCCCGAUUUUGGCAGCCCCCUUUCUCCACCCACCUCCCUCCCCAACUUCCCGUCUCCCCCUGCACCGUCUCUGGCUCCUUCCGAGGACCAAGCAGCUAUUCCGCCUCCACCCUCCCUGCCACCCGCAGGGCCUCCCCCACCCCCACCUCCGCCACCUCCUCCAGGCCCCCCUCCUCCUCCAGGACCUCCGGCUCCCCCCCUCUCCUCUGCCAACACUGCGUCUCCCAGCGCCCCCAAAACUCAGCAGGUGGCUGAAGGAGAUGCACGGAGCGACUUGCUGCAAGCCAUCCGGCAAGGAUUCAACCUGCGAAAGGUGGAGGAACAGCGCGAGCAGGAGAAGCGGGACCACGUGGGCAAUGAUGUGGCAGCCAUCCUGUCGCGGCGCAUCGCGGUGGAGUGCAGCGACUCCGAGGAUGACUCCUCUGAGUUUGAUGAUGAGGAGUGGUCCGACUGAGACCUCCUUCCUCGUGGUUGCUGCAGCCCUCAGCUACUGCUCACACUCUCGAGGGUGUGGAAGGUGGUCUCUCUCCCACUCCCUCUGUGCAGGGACCCCUAUGAUAAUUAUUAAUCUAGUUAUGCACUGAAUCAAUUGAAAGCUUUCCUACCAAAUUUCUCCCAACAGCAAGUCACACGCGAGUUAGCAGAUCGAGAAGCUAAUCUCUCAUACAUGCCGCUGUGCUUCAGCCCUGACGCUGGCCUGUUAGCCUGGUUAGCUUGCUGGCCGUUGGCUCAGCAUCAUGUAUACACCGCGGCCUCCCUGCCCACACCCCAGUCCUGUUACUUCAAGGCCGUCACAUGAAGUAUUCAUGGACCCCUUCAGCCUCUCCUCCAUGGGCAGGCGAACUGAGACAGUUUUAUGUGUCAGUAUGUCUGUCUGUGUUCCCAGCUUAACUGCAGUCUGGCAAAGUUUUUGCAACACAUUCAUUACAUUUUUUUGUCUUUGGAACUUUCUGUAAGCCAAUGCAUUCUUUAUUAGCCUCCAUGUGAUAUUGAAAAAUCUUCGAGUGCUCUAUGCAAUUAUGUCUGCACCCUAGUUAAACAUUUCUUCAGUAUUGUCUUCUCCACAAUUUAAAAAAAAAUAAUAAUAAUUCAACAACAAAACAAUGCUCUAAGGCAUGCCAUGAUUAUUAUUAUUAAGAAUCAAACUACUGUUCGUACCUGAGGCCAUUAUUUAUGAUCUGGGCCGGUGAGGUGACCAAUCAGGAAGGCAGGGUGCAUUGUGGGAAGGUGUUAGUAAAGUAGUGAACUGGUGACCCCCAAAGCCAUGCAGCCAUUCUGAGAACCGGUGCUGAUGCAACCAUUUCUGCUCUGACCCUUACGCUGAAAGCUGCAGUGCUAUUAUAUAUAUAUAUAUAUAUAUAUAUAUAUAUAUAUGUGUAUAUAUAUAUGCAUGCACAUGCACGCCAGUGUGCCUUUUUCCGUCUGCUGCUGCGUCUGUACGGUGGUGCCUCUGGACCGCUGUCCUCUGCCUGCAGUGCGUCUCGCGUGCCGAACUAGGGAUGUCCAGCGUUUCAAAGACAUGACUCUUUUCCAUACAAACAUCUGAGUGCUUGGUCCUGCUUCCCACCAUGUGUAAAAAUUGGCUGCUUAUCAAGGUGUGAAAGAUUUCAGUAAAUAGUGGUUAGACAAUUAAAAGCACAAAUACUUCAUUCUUGAUACAGCUAAUUUUUAAAGGACCGUUCUGUUGCCUGGGUAACUGAUGGUGGUGAUUUUGGGGGGGGGGGGGGGGGGGGUUCACCUAGCCUAUUCCCACCCCCAGGCCCUUAAAGCUGACUGGCUGAGAGAUGUGUAAAUUCUCCUGGCUGUCUUCCCUGCUCAUGGUCCUAUUUGUACCUUUGUGCUGUUGGUGGAGGGGCAGGUGUGUCUUCUCACCGAGCGCGAGAGAUUGGCAAACAUCCAAACAGGUAACCCCCCCCCCCCAGUCAGGUGUCGAGUGUUUAUUUCAUGCGUUUCUUUCCUGGUGCCUUUGCUGAUUAUGUUGUGCCUUAAUUUUUAUUGCCAAUGUUGUUUAUUGGUGUAUAUAUGACAGACACGCAAACUUUGAAUCAGGUCGUAUGUUUUAGUUGUUUGAAGUACAUUUCUUCCUAAUCUUGAACAGAAUUAUGUAAAUGAUUUCAUAAGAAAUAAAAACAACCUUUUAGCUCA